AUGGAAAACCCACGGAACAGUUGGUUGUGGGACCUGCCGUGCAUGCGUGAGUUGGUGCAGAAGUCCAUGUUUGUGUGCUAUGACAACUGCAUGUAUGGCGGUGAGCGCUUCAAGCAGAGCGCUCUGCUCACCAACCACACUGCUUUCUUUGAGUUGUGGCGUGAGUGUGAUGGCGCCCACGAACACCAGCCAUUUGGCAUAGAUCCGUGCACUGGCGAGUUCGCCACGGCCUCGGAGGCAGAGUACACUCCGGCAUUCUGUGAGGCCUACGCGCAGACGCUGGUGAAGCUAGCUGCGGAGGCGGGUCUUACAUUGGCUGGCGUGUGCCCAGCGGCGCCGCCUCUUGACAAGGGGAAGUUUCUCCGGACAGGUGUGCGCAAUGUCCCUGCCGGCAACAGGUUGCUUAGAGCUGAAGAGAAGUGGGGGCGAUGGAGUGAGGGCAAGGUGCUGUGCGUGUUUGGGGUCCACCAUUCCAUGGAGCAGUUCGUGACUCUGGCGCGGCAACCUUGGCACCCUUUUGAUGAACUAAUUAACGUCCCUGAUAGGCUGAUUGUAUGUUUGUUUGAACUUUUGACUGUGGGCCCGGUUCAAAUAGCUAAGCUUCGUCUUGCUAAGCUUAAGAAGUGGAGACUCUGGGCAGCAGAGACGGAGAAGGAAGAAGCGGACUUGAAGAGACGACUGCGCCCCUCGGUGGAGCGCAUUGUCAGAUCAAAGAGAUUGCUCUUGCUCCGAAAGAUUGCGGCGGAGAUCGCGUGGCCUGAUGUCAAGCUACACGACGAGCUGGAGCAGGGGUUCAAGUUGACUGGGAUAGCCACUGCGACCGGAGUGUUUCGGCCUGAAGUGAGACCAGCCUCAAUUUCAGUAGCAGAGCUGCUGGCAAAGGCAAAGUUUCUCAAGCCACUGCUGCUAGGAAAGAUUCGUGCUCAGAAAGUCGAUGACCUCGCGGCCGCUGUGUAUGACAUGACGUGCGAGGAGGCAGCUGACGCGAAGGGUUGGCGUUUCGGUGUGCAACAGAAACAGAAAAUUCGUUGCAUUGAUGACUGCCGUGAGAACAGCUUGAAUGAUGCCUUCACUUCAGUGGAGUCUGUCUCUCUCGGCGCUAUGGAUCAUGUGGUGUGGUCGGCUUUGAUCUGCGUGCUGCACCAAUCUGUCGAGAUGCGCUUGCCGGAUGGAACUCGCCUUGUGGGGAAACUUCACGAGGACUGGGUUCGAAUGUCACCAAGCUUCAAAGCGACCACGUUUGACCUGAAGAGUGCUUACAAGCAGCUGCCUGUGUCGCCGUGUGAUGUGAGCAAGGCGUUCGUGAGCCUCGUGUGUCCUGAAACCAGACAGCCGCGUUGUUUCCUCAUGAGGGCUCUGCCGUUUGGAGCAAAAUCAUCAGUUGGGGAUUUCAACCGCGUGGCGCGCCUUUUGUGGGCCAUUGGAUGCGACCUCCCCAUCCCAUGGUCCAACUACUUCGACGACUAUCCGACCUUGUCGCGCACCGCGCUGGAAGUGUCAACCAUGCAAAGCGUGAAGGUCAUGAUGGAGCUUUUGGGCUUCGUGUUGACGCUGGACGAGCUGCGUCCGUUUGCGCAGGUGGCAGAGAUGUUAGGCGUGGAGCUGGACUUGUCGGACCCAACGAGUGUCCGCGUUGGCAAGAAAGAGUCGCGUAAGCUGGAAGUAUGCCAAGCUGUGCAACAUAUCCUGGAGUCUAAGCAGCUCAAUUGCAGGGAACUCCCUUCGAUGCUUGGGCGCAUGCAGUUUGCAGAUCUGCAGGUUUUUGGCAGGGCAGGCAGGCUUGCCAUGUCAGAUAUCCGUGAGUUUGCGUCCGGUGGCACGGGGACCUUGAACUUGGAUGCCAGAGCGCUUGAUGCGUUGCGAAUCAUGCAGAGGCGAGUCUGUUCUGGGCCUCCACGAACAGUCUCUGUGGAUGUUAAGCCAAGGCCAGUGCUGGUGUUCACUGAUGGAGCUUUCGAACCGGGCAACAGCUUGGGGGAAGCCACCAUUGGAGGGGUGAUCCUGGGGAAGCUGUGGAAGUGUUUGGCGCAGCAGUGCCCGCUGCGCUCGUCGAAGAAUGGCGCGCAGCGGGCAAAGAGCAUCUGA